UCCGGGAAAGAAGAAGACUGGGAAAGCGCCUCUAACCGGCACUGCGUGGGGGAAUCCGAGGGAGCUCCAGGGUCCGCUGUGGGGGAUGCCGGUUGCUUGUCCACACUUAGGAAGAUGAAUGGCUGGAUUUCAAGGAUCGUCUGCUUCUUAUUGUUAUUGAGUAGUGUUUGUACCCAGAAGAGCCAAGAUCUCCGCUGUGGAGCAUGCCGGGCUCUGGUGGAUGAGCUGGAAUGGGAAAUAUCUCAAAUAGAUCCGAAAAAAACUAUCCAAGUAGGCUCCUUCCGCAUUAAUCCUGAUGGAAGCCAGUCCAUAGUAGAGAUGCCCUAUGCCAGAUCUGAGGCUCACCUGACAGAGCUGCUGGAGAACAUCUGUGAAAACAUGAAUAACUAUGGUGAGAAGGUGGAUCCUUCAACUCACAGGAAGAAUUAUGUCAGAGUAGUCUCCUUUGAUGGGACCAAAAUGGAUCUUUCUGAAACCAAAUUUGAUGGUGAUGUGACAUCAAGCUUGAAGUUUGCAUGUGAGAAAAUAGCUGAAGAGUACGAAGACGAGCUGAUAGAAUUCUUUUCCCAUGAGGCAGAAAAUGUCAAGGACAGGCUGUGCAGCAAACGAACAGAUCUCUGUGACCACGCCUUACAUCUCCCACAUGAUGAACUGUGAAGUGUAAAGGCUGAUUGACCUGAUAGAAGACUUUGCCUAAUUCUUUGUAGACUACAUCCCUUUUUACAAGCGCCUAAAUUAUUGUCCCAGGAGUUACCUUUCAAUUUGGGGGAAAGUGCAGAACAUCCUAGAAACUGAAGACUGUGUAAUCAGAGGAGAGCAAAAAAAAAAAUAUCCCAAGACAAGCUUCUUUAUAGAAUUUUAUGAAGCAAACACAAGACGACAGAUCCAACAUUUCACUUUUUUAAGCACACAUUAAGUAGAUGGAGAUUUCUGUCAUUGUCAAAGCCCACUUUACAGUAGCAUUGAGCUUGUUAGUGCGUUCUACCUUUUAAAGAAAAAAAAUGCUUUGUGGCUGUAUGCAAACUGAAUUGCAGAUUGUCUCAAGCAACUAGCAAUACAACAUCCACAUUCACUUCCAAAAUAGAAUUUGAGCAGAAGAAUCUUAUGAAUGUUACUCUCACUUUUGAACCCAUCUUAUUUAAAGAUCUGGGGCAGGAUAGUCAUUUGUAAAACUAUUCCUCAGAAAGGGAAAGAUAAAUAGAACCUAUAGAGAUGCCCUCAUUAUAAAGCCAAAGAGGGGACCAUUGUAUAGUACCUUCCCAGUCUUCAACACAACUGUGAACUAUGGUUGUGAUGGCCAUAUGGAGGCCACAUAACAUUGUUACUGUGCAGGGAUUGUUCCAUACUGUAGAUGGAGUAUUUGUAGAGCAUACCCAGUUAUUACAUGGUUCAAUAUUGUUGUGUGAAGAGCCAAUUGAUCUAAGAAAGGGGCCUCUAGGAAUGAUUGGUCGUAUUACAGAGAUUCUGCACAAAACAUUCAGGUCAGAUAGCAAGCCAGUCUAUAUUGCCUGUAUGUGAAGUGAUAAUCACACAACAGUGUUUUGUUUGUCUUUUAAAUUAUUACACAAAAUGGCUGCUCCCUUGGCUGUGAGAUAUGAGUGAGAUUCAGGAAUCUGCUGAUUAGGGGCAUCAGACACUUGGCAAAUGGGGAAGAUGUUGUACUCUUCAAAGGGCUUUUUACAUGUUUUAUAACAGUUUCUUUUAACCUAUGUUUUCAUGAGAGGAUAAAAUACAUUCCAUGAUGGUGAGAUAAUAAAUUGAAAUUGGGUCUUACUCGAAUUGGCUAGUGGAUUUUUUCCCCCAUUUUUAAUUGAAAAUAAUAUUAGAGCAUUAUAGAGCACAUUGACUUUACUCCUAUAACAAUGAUCUUAAGAUUUUUUUUCACCUUCCAACUGGGAGUUCAGUCACUUGCAUCAUCAAACAUGUAGCCCCCCAUAUCUAUUCAGACAAUGUCCAGAACCAUGCUGGAUUCACAUGUCAUAUUAAGCCAAAAUCACACAAAUCAUAUAACAAGCCUUUGAUUUGCUUCCAUUAUGUCCCUCAACUUUAACUACCUACUGUAUCUAAUAUAAAAUACUACUGACUUAUCUUCUGGGAUGGUGAAAAAGAUUACUAAACUUAAGACAACGAAUGCCAUACUUCACCCUCUUACAUGGGAGCUAAUUAACCAUUAUUAUGCAGAUUUUUUAAAAAUUCACAUAAUACAGUUACUAUAAAAUGAUUUUGUAGAGCUCACAUACAGUGCUUAGCCAUAAAAUGAUUUGUUUGGCUUUGACUUAUUAUAUUGUGAAAACAUGGCCAGCUGAGGUUUAUUUAGUAAAUAAUUGUUAAACUAUGGUUCAGUACAAUAUGAGCCAGAUUGGUGUCCUCCAUAUAUUUUCAAUUUCCAUUGGAAAGCAGUGAAACUUCUAAAAGCAGCAAUUGGUUGCAUUUUCUGCCUUUACCGAAACAUUUGAUCAGGUAAUUUGCAUUUUAAAUUAUUUACCAAAGGCAAGAAAAGUAGUGAGAAGUUAAGGUGUGCUCAAAGUUAAGACCAGCACAUUGAAUUGCGCUCAGAAGCAAACUGGCAACUAAGUGUAGAUGAAACAGCACUGGGAUUCUAAAAGCAGAAUGUAUAUCUCUGGACUAUAGUAUUGGUUGCUGCAUUCUAAACAAAAAUUUCCAAGCAUUUUUCAAAGGCUAUUUAGUCUCCUGAAAGAGAAAUUACCACUGAGUUAUCUCUACUUCUAUAGUUGUCAUGACUUUUCUAAAACAGGUAUGCAGCUCUAUUAAUUUGUAACAACCUGGAAAAAAAAGCACCACGUGAUCUUGGAAAUACUGAGAUGAUGUUUCUAUAAGGAACAACCUUCACUCCCAGGAUCAAAUUUGUGUGUGUUGCAUCAGCAUGGAAAAAAAAUUAUUAAACAGUUACAACAGAUGGUUUUGCUAAGAUGGUGGUGUCCCUUUUCCACUUGCACUGCAUAGAAAUUUGCAUAAAUGAGAAUUCUCUAUAUGGAAAGGGGAUGUUUAUAUCUUGAAUUACCCAUAGACAAAAGGCCCCUUGCAGUUUCAAAAAGAAAUGCUAAACGACAUUUUGGUUCAGUCUGAUGACUCUGCAUUGUCAUCUAUCUGCCCUGUGAGAACACAGGCUAAAGGCAGAAUGUGUAUUUGGAACUUUGCAGAUUUCAGGAGGCUUUGCAAUAGGUAAGGCACUCAGCCAAAUGGAACAAGAGGCAAAGCCAUGCGUAGACUAACCCACCAGUUAAGGAAAGGCCUUUGUCCUGCAAUAUCUCUUGCCUUAUCACUCUUCCCACACUCUUCCGAUCUGCAAUAUGUCAAUACUAGCAGAGUGAUGUUGCGCUAUACAGUACUGCAUUGAAAAGCAUACUGCUGACUGAGGCCUUUGUCAAAAGCUGAAUGCAUACUGUAGCCUUUAUAAAUUGCUUCAAGACUUGGGCUUAUCCUAUUCUUUUGCUUGAGACAAAGGACAAGAUGGUGUCUUCUGGUGCUAAUUGGAUUGAUUUAAUUGUACUUUAAACAUUGGAAAAUUUAGUAUGUUUGCUGAGAGGUGAAACAGGGCCCUGUGGCACACGGUUCCUCCACCUUGCAAUUGCUUUCCAUUUGCUUUAUAAAAUACUGUUAAGUAUAUUCUUAAAAACUAUCCCGAAUUUAUACAUUGCAUUAAGCUAUGUCUCAGGUUGGCUAGAUUCCCAAUUGUACAAAACCAGUAACGGGCAAAUUGCUAAAAAGUUAUGUUAACUUCUGAGGAGCACAUGGUUGUCAUCUGGUAGACAUGCUUGAGCACGUCACCACUGAUGGUGUUACCUAGUUGGGUAAACGAAACGUCUGCAAGCAAAACCAGCAACCUCAGAAACCACAAGUGGGACUCCACAGUUUAAUCCCGAGAUCACAUUAUAUGAACGUCUACUGAGGGCAGAACCGUUUCUCCCCCCCCCCUCGCAAAAUGGGAAGCCGAAAGCUCGCUAAAAUCAAGAAGCCCUGCAUAAGAACCAAGAAGUGCGUGCAUAAGAGCACAAACAUUCCUACCGUUCCUGCCCUAUUGUUCCCUUCAUCAUAUCAAAUUGAUAUAGUUGAUGCAUAUUUUUAUACAUAUAUGUAUAUUUUCUUCAAAAUAUGUUGUUUUAUCUAUAACAAUUGUUUGUGUAUUCUGUUGUGACAAAAGAAAUAAAA